AUGGGUUCGAUGACAGAGAGCGCCAACAGCUCCAACGGCACACUCCAUGCCCUCGAGCACGCCCCCACUGCUUCGGGGCCGAGCUGCCGGUCUCGACUUGCCAUGCACGAUUCACGGGGCAUAGACGGCGAGAGUCCUCCCUCCACCUGCGAUGAGGACCUCCAAUCUCAGAGCUACGACUCGCUCCCUGGUAGCCCGCGCUCCACAAGCGCAGUAUUCCCAGGCGUCCGGAUGAGCAGUCGUCCUCAAAUCGGCACGGUUUCUGCUGCCAUACCUAUUGGAACUGCCUUGUGCGCUGGCGUGGCGAACCUAGCAUCACACAUCCUCGAGGUCAAUACGGCGCCCGAACAAUUGGCGAUGGCUGCAGACGCUUCGCCGGUCAAGCGACGAGUACGGGGGGGACGCGCCUCUAGAAGACAUCGGCAAGGGGAGCGGAGCACAGACGCUGCAGACUUGGUGGUUCCCAACCGGCGGAGCAGUCUAACCCUGACGUUGCAAGAAGCAUCCGAUGUAGCGAAGGGAGUGCUGGGGCUGACUGAGACAGACAAGACACUGUUGCCUCCUCGACUCUCCCCGGCGCGUGAGACAGAGAAGAGCGCCGAUGAGAGCGUACCGCUCACAAUCGAUACCAACGUCCCCACUGAGAUUGGCAGGACCCUUUCGACGUCCACUGCAGGCACCGAUCAGUCCAGUACCGUGGAGAGUUCUGGCACAGCGGCGACUUCUGAAGCGCCAUCGUCGAUCGAUCAGGUAGAAGUCGGAGUUGUCACUUCGCUCGAUGGGAGUAAACUUCGCGAGCCGUCGUCGGAAGAAUUACCAAGGGAUGAAGGCGCCGAAAGAGGCUCAGCUUCGCAUCCAGAAGGUCGGCGCGAAACUGCCACGAGCGUGGCUCAGAGCGUCCCUAGCUUCACGAAGAUGCGUCGACUUCACGCCCUGUAUGAGCUGGUCGAGACCGAGCGUUCUUAUGCAGAUGAUCUCGGCUUGCUUGUCGAAGUGUUCUUUCGCAACCUUGGAGAUCAGCCUUUCUUCUCCGAGCGCAGUGAUCGCCUCGAUACUGUUCAGCGUAACGCGGCGGAGCUGCUUUUGCUGCAUCGCGAGAUGGCAGACAACAUGGAGCGAAUACUGGAGGAGCAUGGCGUAUCGCCUUCGGACAUGCUGUCAAAAGCCUCAGGAAGUCAUAUCGCUGCCAGCGCCGAAGCGGAAGCAGCUACAAGCCGCAUUGCAAAAUACUUUGGCAAGCUUGGGCCGCGUUUCGCGAUCUACCAGGACUUUUGCUCCCGGCAUGGCGAAGCAUUAUCCCUGGUCCGCGAUGCUGAACGACGGCACGGCGGCGAUGAUUGGCGGAGCUACGAACGGUGCUGCAGCAACAUUCUGCGCGGAUUUUCUCGUUCGCCCACGCCAAGAAAUGGCCUCUCCCGAGCAAACUCUAACCAGGGAACUUCGAGCGCGGGAAGCCUUGGCAUCGCGCCCAUGACGCCUACAGCCACCAUCGCUCCACUAUCUCCGCUGUACGACCAUACGCGCGCUCCCAGCUCGCCUGAUCAAGCCUUUGGCGCCUCGUUCGUUCAACUACCGCUCGUGGCUACGCCAGCCUCCGAGACAAGCUCGACUGGUGGAAUGCUUCGAGAUGGAGCUGCGAGAUUGCUGUUCUCGGACUACUUUGUGAAGCCGAUCCAACGUCUGUGCUUGUAUCCGGUCGUACUGAGCACUCUGCUCAAGUACAGCGACGAUGGCGACUCUGCUCACGCGUCGCUAAGUGAAGCUUUAGCGACGAUGCGCCGCGUAGCAGAGGAUGUUGACGAGGCGGGCAAGGAGCGAGAGAAGGUGCUGAUGGCAGCCCUGAUCAGUUCGCGUGUCGAGGCGACGCUGAGUGUGACACCGACGCUCAUAGCGUCGCUAGGACACUGCCUUCUCGCUGGCACCCUCGACGUGAUGCAUCAUCACUCGGUCCUCCAGCCCUUGACUGCACCGCUUCGUUUCAAGUACUUUGCCGUCUUUGUGUACGAAGGUUUUGUUCUUUUUGCUAAGGUCCGCAAACCGACCGUCUACGAGCCCAAAUUCUGGUUCCCGCUGUGGGCUGCCAAAUUGUACGACGGCAAGGAAGGCUUUUUCAGUCGACUUGGAAGCGAGGAAGCGCCAGCGACGUCGCGAGAAUACGCCUCCGUGCUACCCUAUUCCUGCAGACUGAUCUGCCUUGGAGGUCACAAUUUCGAGCUGGUGGCUUCUUCUGCUCGCGAGAAGGAGACGUGGGUGGCGACGCUAGCACAAGCGAUCGCUCAUGCCCCCUUUUCACCGCCGAAAGGUGGUCCAAGCAGCUUCCCGUCAAGCCUGGGCGACUACUCCAUCGCUAGCGAUGACCUCCGCGUAUCAGGUCUGGCAGAAGAGCAUUCCGAUGCGUUCCUCGACGCCGACCCUUUGGGCACAUUCUUGACAGAGAACGCUGCUGCACCUUCUCCUGCCGAUAUCCUAGUGCGACAUUCUCCCUUAUCGGCACGAGCAGCAGUGGAUCGAGCAAUGGUCUUCUCGGAAGCCAUUGUCGCCGCGCGCGCUGGUGCCAUGAGAGAACGAGGAGAUCAGUCCUCAAACACCCCCUCGAUCGGCGCUGCAGUAGGGGCAGCUAUUGGGGGUCUUGCUCGAGCUGCUGCACGGAAGGCGCCGCGCCGCGCCAGUACCCUUUUCGCGGACGAUGAAAGACCUGUGCUGGAGGACGGUACACCUAGGGAGAGCGCAUCUCCAACUCUCGUCGCGAGUCCGACCAAGCUGGACACCCAACUCGCACCUGCGUCAACGAUGACUACUGGUUCCCCGACCUGGAAGGUGCGCGCAGCUCGCUCGCGACCGCCCUUGUUGUCCGUGCCCGCACAGCAAAGUAGCAGCUCUACAGAUAUCAGCGCGUCUCCCGUUCAGUCCGUUGCACAGCCAGACGGCAAGCGGAACUCACUCGCAGCUGAUGCAGCCGUCCCGAGGCGGAAGAGCUUCGUCGACGAUCGAAGAGCUUCUAGCUCAAGGCCUCCCAGCACUCGCAACAACUCGAGCAUGACGAAUCUCAAGAACAUGUGGACGUCGCGCAGUAGGACAAGCUCCGCGGAAUUCGACCUUAACGAGCUGUCCGCUCGUGCUGCAGCAGGGGCAGACGCACACGCAACAGGCCAGUAUGCGCGUAAUCGCGCUUCUGUUCAGCUAGCUGAAGACGCGGACCGGGCUUCGCCUGUCGAGCUGCUUCUCACUGACAUGGAAGAGCAGCCGGGCAACGACGGGCACUUGACCUUCACCUCUCGAGCUUCAACGCUAAAAGGAGCGUUCAGCCUUCGCAGGCGGCAGCGUAGCGGAAGCGCAUCGUCCGAUUUUGGACCGCCUCCUCUGGCGGGCAGCAUCACUCCUUACAAUCAAUCUCGGUCUGUCGUCAGCUCGCGGGAAUCCCUGAAUGUACCACCUUCGCCUCACAGACUCGCGGCUCGCCUUGCUCAGAGCAGUCGCGACUCACUGCGGCGCUCUUUCACUUUAGGCAGCAAGGGCAAGCAGCGUGCUAUGAGCCUGCCUAGUGCAGUCGACGAUGACGGAGCUCUGCGCUCCGGCAAUCCGAACGCACUCCUUUCUGCGGAGUCUAUCGCGAGUCGAGAAUCUCUCUCGCCAAUCGCCACACCUUCUGAUCGCGGCAGCGGUCACACUAGUCCUUCUCUUUCGGCUGAUGAUGGGCAUGUCCGGAUUCCGAGCCCAGGCCCUGCGGACGGAGACGCAUCGAGUAGCCCUGGACCUCUACCUGCCCUGACUCUGGCAUGCGAAGCUUCCACCGUGCGUCCGGGCUUUCUAAAAGGCACACUCAAGAACACGCGCCGGCUCUCCACACGCUUCCUGGGCAGUCGUUCCACUCCACCCUUGUCGGGACUCAGAUCCGUUGCCGAAACCACGCAGGAGCACGCAUUUGGUGUGAUGCAGCCGUUGGAGCCCAAUCAGACUACCGCCGCUGUCAAGCUAGCCAACGCGCCAGAGCGCGAGAGAACGAUCUCGACCACGCGACCGAGAUCAAUUUCACUGCAGACAUCUGCUUCCAAGGAGGCAUCAACCUGA